CCAGACCUUCCGAAAAUGUCGCAAAGACGACAUUCUACUCCAGACUUCAGAAUGAAUCGAGGAACAGAAUUUGUUUGUGCUGAAGACUACUGGGAGGUGGACAGUAUGUCUGGUCUGGGAAACAAAGCAGAAGAGAGUGAAGAAUCUGGAGCGGGAAAGUUGGAUGAGGAUGCAGGUGAUGAAUCCAGUGAAAAGGUUGUUUUUAAUCUUGACCAAGAUGAUGAUGAUGACCAUCCAGAGGCCAAAGAACAAGUGGGGCCUCUAAUAAGUAGGAGAAAAUUCAGUCAUCAAGUGAGUGCUGAUCUGUCCACUGGUUCAUCAUCACCCAGCAUGUAUCGAAGCGAAUCAGAGUCUUCACUGUACUCUGAUUCAGGAGCAGAUGUCACAAAGUCAACAAUAAGAGUUCAGCUGCCUUUUUCCUCAAGGGAAAAACAUACCAUGUCAGGGAUUUCUUUGGAUACAACCAAGGGUCGAAGAGCUUAUAUCAAAGAUUUCUGUGUGGCCACUCCAGAGGAGUAUGUCAAGUGCUUUGGUGGGGAUGUGGUGAUAAACAAGGUCCUUAUUGCCAACAAUGGCAUUGCUGCAGUGAAAUGCAUGAGAUCAGUGAGGCGAUGGGCCUAUGAAAUGUUUCGGAAUGAGCGAGCUAUUCGUUUUGUUGUCAUGGUCACACCAGAAGAUUUGAAAGCUAAUGCAGAGUAUAUUCGCAUGGCUGACCAAUACAUUCCUGUGCCUGGGGGAACAAACAACAACAACUAUGCUAAUGUGGAGCUCAUUCUUGACAUUGCCAAGCGCACGCAUGUCCAGGCAGUGUGGGCUGGCUGGGGUCAUGCAUCAGAAAAUCCUAAACUACCUGAGUUGCUGCACAAGAACAAUAUUCAAUUCAUUGGACCACCAGAGAAUGCCAUGUGGGCUCUAGGGGACAAGAUAGCCUCUUCCAUUGUCGCUCAAACAGCUGGGGUACCUACACUGCCAUGGAGCGGAUCAGGCAUAAAGCUCAGUUGGUCUGAGGAGGAUUGUAUGAGGGGCAAACCACUGUCUGUUCCGCAAGAGUUGUACAGGCGAGGGUGCACCAUGAAUGUUGAUGAGGGGCUGAAAGUGGCCACUGAGAUUGGCUUUCCUGUCAUGAUAAAGGCCUCAGAAGGUGGAGGAGGCAAGGGUAUCCGUAAAGUAGACAGUGCCAAUGAUUUCAACAAUAUGUACCGCCAGGUACAGCAGGAGGUUCCAGGCUCCCCAAUAUUUAUCAUGAAGCUGGCCUCUGUUGCUCGGCACUUGGAGGUGCAGCUGCUGGCUGACAAGUAUGGAAAUGCCAUUUCUCUUUUUGGUCGUGACUGCUCUAUUCAGCGCCGCCACCAGAAGAUCAUCGAGGAGGCUCCUGCAGUAAUUGCUAAGCCUGAUGUGUUUGAGAAGAUGGAGAAGGCUGCAGUGAAGCUAGCCAAGAUGGUGGGGUACGUGAGUGCAGGCACAGUGGAGUACCUAUAUAGUGCCAGUGAUGACACAUUCCACUUCCUGGAGCUGAAUCCACGUCUGCAAGUAGAACACCCAUGUACAGAAAUGGUUGCAGACAUCAACUUACCUGCUGCUCAGUUGCAGAUUGCCAUGGGACUGCCUUUGUAUCGCAUCAAAGACAUUCGUAUGCUUUAUGGCGAGGAUCCAUGGGGUGAUUCUGUGAUUGAUUUUGACCAGCCGCAGCAUCAGCCUCAGCCACGUGGUCAUGUCAUUGCUGCCAGAAUAACAAGUGAAAACCCAGAUGAGGGCUUCAAACCUAGUUCUGGUACUGUCUCUGAGCUGAACUUCCGCAGCAGCAAGAAUGUGUGGGGCUACUUUAGUGUUGCUGCCUCUGGAGGGCUGCAUGAGUUUGCUGACUCGCAGUUUGGACAUUGUUUUUCAUGGGGGGAGGACCGAGAGGCUGCCAGAGAGAACCUUGUUGUGGCCCUAAAGGAACUGUCUAUUCGUGGUGACUUUGGGACAACAGUGGAGUAUUUGAUCAAACUUCUGGAAACAGAAGAAUAUCAAACAAACACCAUUACCACAGGAUGGCUUGAUCGCCUCAUUGCAGAAAAAGUGAAGGCAGAAAGGCCAGACACAAUGCUGGCAGUCAUUGUUUGUGCCCUGCACAUCGCUGACCACCAGAUAAUCUCCAGUUUCUCAGAUUUCACAGCAUCACUGGAAAAGGGUCAGAUUCUGCCAUCAUACUCUUUAAAGAACAUUGCUGAUGUACAGUUCAUUUAUGAAGGAGUGAAGUACGCUUUACAGGUAGUCAAAACUGGACAGAGCAGUUUGCUCAGCAUGAACAAAUCUACACUAGAUGUGGAAGCCCACAGGUUAAGUGAUGGAGGGCUGCUGUUGUCAGUUGAUGGGUUGAGUUACACCACCUAUAUGAAAGAACAAGUAAACAAUUACCGCAUUACCAUUGACAACCAGACAUGUUGCAUGCAAAAGGAAAAUGAUCCCACAAUUCUCAGAUCUCCAUCAGCAGGAAAGCUACUUAACUUCGCUGUGGAAGAUGGGGGCCAUGUGUUUUCAGGCGAUGUUUAUGCAGAGAUAGAGGUCAUGAAAAUGGUCAUGGAACUACGUGUGACAGAGAAUGGCUGCAUCCACUUCUCCAGGCGGCCUGGGUCAGUACUGGAUCCAGGUACUGUUGUGGCCUAUCUUCAGCUUGAUGAUCCCAGUCGGGUGCAGCAGGCCCUGGAGUGUACAGAGACACUGCCUCAACCCCAGAAUCCAAUGACACAUGGUGACAAGCUGCACCAGGUCUUUCAGCGCACACGCUCAGAGCUGGACAACAUAAUGAGUGGCUACAUUCUCCCUGACCCCUACUUUGAACAAAAGGCCCUGGUGACAGUAGAGAGACUCAUGUCUUGUCUGAAGGAUCCUUGCCUGCCUUUGUUGGAGCUUCAGGAGCUGAUAUCCAUGAUCAGGGGCCGAGUGCCACACCUGGUGGAGCGUUCCAUCCGCAAGCUCAUGUCCUCCUACUCUUCCAACAUCACCUCCAUCCUCAGCCAGUUUCCCAGCCAGCAGAUUGCUAGUGUCAUCGACAACUAUGCAGCAACACUAAGCAAGCGAGGAGACCGGGAUGUGUUCUUUAUGGCCACACAAGGUGUUGUGCAGCUAGUGCAGCGCUAUCGGAAUGGAAUCCGUGGCCACAUGAAGAGUGUUGUGCAGGACUUGCUCCGGCAGUACCUCAGGGUUGAGCUUCAGUUUCAAAAUGGUUCCUAUGACAAGUGUGUUCAACAGCUUCGGGACAAGAACAAAGAAAAUAUUCCAGUGGUGGUGCAAACCAUCUUUUCCCAUCUGGCCAUCCAACAGAGAAAUGCCCUGGUCAUCAUGCUCAUUGAUCAUCUUUUUGGAAAAGAGCCUGGACUAACAGAUGAGCUGGCCAGUGUUCUGAGUGAACUGACACAACUGAGCAAGACAGAAAACUCCAAAGUGGCUCUUAAAGCUAGACAGGUUUUAAUAGCAGCUCACCAACCUCCAUAUGAGCAACGCUAUAACCAGAUGGAGUCCAUCUUUCUUUCAUCCAUCAAUAUAUAUGGUCAUGAUUUCUCUCCAGAAAACUUGCAGAAGCUGAUAAACUCAGAAACUGCAAUUUACGAUGUUCUACAAGAAUUUUUCUUCCACCCUAAUGACCUGGAAAGUGCAGCACUGGAGGUGUACAUUCGGCGAGCAUACGUUGCUUAUGAGCUACACUCGCUCCAACAUUCAUCCCUUCCUGAUGGACACUGUGUCGUAGAGUUCCGGUUCCUGUUGCCGCGAUCUCAUCCCAACAGACUGAUGGUGACUCGGUUUGACCUGUGCGCAAUGAUGCGAGUGAACAGCAUGGAGAAAGAGUCCUCAGAUUCAGACAACUGGGAGGAGCUUCCAGUAUGCCAGAGAAUGGGAGUCAUGACAGCAUUUGAGACAUUUGAACAGAUGUCCAGAAACUUUGAGGGUGUUUUGGACAAAUUUCAAAGCAUGCCACAACCUGACAGUCCUCUUUUGUCUGACAGUGAAGAUUUUGGCUCCAUGCAGUCCAUACAGAGCCUGUCAGAUACAGACGACCCCAUUCAUAUCAUUAACAUUGCAAUGAGAAUGGAGGAGUAUGAGCAGGACAACGUGCUUUCUCAGCGCUUCCAGGUCUUCUGCAAACAACAGGAGCGAGCUUUAUAUGACCGUGGCAUCAGAAGAGUCACCUUCGUUGUGCUGUACAGGAAAGCUGUGCCAAAAUACUUUACUUACAGAGCAAAGUUUGAGUUCUGUGAAGAUACGAUCUACAGACACCUGGAGCCUGGUUUGGCUUUUCAGUUAGAGAUUAAUCGUCUGCGGAACUUUGAACUUACAAACAUUCCUACUGCCAACUACAAAAUGCACCUUUAUCUUGGCAAGGCGAAGGUUGCCAAGGGUCAAGAAGUCACUGAUUUUCGUUUCUUCGUACGCGCAAUAGUGCGCCACUCAGAUCUUGUCACAAAGGAAGCAUCUUUUGAAUACCUCCAGAAUGAAGGGGAACGAACCCUUCUGGAGGCAAUGGAUUCCUUGGAGGUUGCCUUUUCUCAUUCACAACAAGUGUCCAAAAAAACUGACUGUAAUCACAUCUUCCUCAACUUUGUGCCAACACUGACGCUUACAGAACCAGGAAAGCUGGUAGAGACUGUGCGAACAUUCAUCAUGAGGUACGGCAGUCGACUUUGGAAGCUUCGCGUGCUGCAUGCUGAGUUGAAGUUUAGCAUCAGGCUGACAACAGGAGGAAUUGCUUCAAGUUUUCCCAUCCGGCUGUUUGUAACCAAUGAAAGUGGAUACUAUUUGGACAUCAGUUUGUAUCGGGAGGUGACAGAUUCCAGAACUGGACAGAUAAUGUUUGAGUCUUAUGGGGCCAAACGAGGACCACUACAUGGAUUACUUAUCUCCACACCAUACCUGACCAAAGAUCACCUGCAGCUUAAACGAUUCCAGGCCCAGUCAAGUGGAACUACCUAUGUCUAUGACUACCCAGAGAUGUUCAGACAGGCCUUGAUGCAGUUGUGGGAGCAGCAUGACAAAACCUUCAACUGCAAGAUCGAGCGCAACUUCAUGGACAUGCUGUCAUGUGUGGAGCUAGUGCUGGACUCACAUGGUCACAUGUGUCCGCACAACCGCCUGCCUGGGGAGAACGAGAUAGGGAUGGUGGUGUGGAAGAUGACCCUUAAAACACCAGAAUUUCCAGAUGGCCGGGACAUUGUUGUUAUCGCCAAUGACAUGACAAACAAGAUUGGUUCAUUUGGGCCUCAGGAAGAUCUUUUGUUCAAAAAGGCAUCAGAGCUGUCCAGAAAAUAUGGCCUGCCACGAAUUUUCCUUGCUGCCAACAGUGGGGCUCGCAUUGGUCUUGCUGAAGAAAUCAAACACCUGUUUCGUGUUGCCUGGGAAGACCCAGAGAAUCCAGACAAGGGUUUCAAGUACCUAUAUUUGCGACCUGAUGAAUUCAAGAAAGUGAGUUCCAUGAGCUCAGUCCGUGCAGAAUUGAUAGAGGAUGAAGGAGAGUCAAGGUACAAGAUCACUGACAUUAUAGGUAAAGAGGAUGGCUUGGGUGUUGAAAAUCUUCGUGGUUCAGGGAUGAUUGCAGGCGAGACAUCCACUGCUUAUGAUGAAGUUAUCACCAUAAACUUGGUGACUUGCAGAGCUAUUGGAAUUGGGGCUUAUCUGGUGCGUCUGGGCCAACGAGUUAUCCAAGUUGAAAACUCAGCCAUUAUUCUGACUGGAGCUUCUGCCCUCAACAAGGUACUUGGCCGUGAAGUGUACACCAGCAAUAACCAGCUGGGAGGCAUACAGAUCAUGUACAACAAUGGUGUUACUCAUGCAGUUGUUCACGAUGACUUUGAAGGGGUGUACAAGGUUCUACAUUGGUUGUCCUACAUGCCUAAGUUUCGCGGAGGCCCUCUGCCCAUCCUAAGCAUCACAGAUCCUGUGGAACGAAGUGUGGAGUUCAUGCCAACCAAAACGCCGUAUGACCCCCGAUGGAUGUUAGCAGGACGCAAAGUACCAGAAACCAAGCAGUUCCAGGCUGGAUUUUUUGACAUUGGAUCAUUUGAUGAGAUCUUGAAACCCUGGGCAGAGACUGUUGUUGUUGGCAGAGCAAGACUGGGUGGCAUUCCUGUUGGUGUGGUUUCUGUAGAAACGAGAACAGUAGAACUGGUUGUUCCUGCUGACCCUGCUAAUUUGGACUCGGAGACGAAGGUGAUCCAGCAAGCUGGUCAGGUUUGGUUCCCAGACUCAGCUUACAAGACAGCCCAGGCCAUCAUGGAUUUCAAUAGAGAAGAGCUUCCACUGAUAAUUUUUGCAAACUGGCGUGGCUUUUCAGGUGGCAUGAAAGACAUGUACGACCAGGUACUCAAGUUUGGUUCCUACAUUGUUGAUGCUCUACGUGCCUACCAGCAGCCUGUGCUGAUUUACAUCCCUCCUUAUGGGGAGCUGCGAGGGGGUUCGUGGGUGGUAGUGGAUCCCACAAUCAACCCAGACCACAUGGAAAUGUUUGCCGAUUCUCUUUGCAGGGGUGGAGUUUUGGAGCCUGAAGGCACUGUGGAAAUCAAGUUCCGACGCAAAGACCUGGAGAAGGUGAUGCGGCGGCUGGACCCCAAUGUCCGACAGAUAGUAGAACAGAUGGCAACUCCUGACCUGCCAGCAAACACAAGGGCAGAGCUGGAAAAGCAACUGAAGGCUGCAGAGGAUGCACUGGCCCCAGUUUAUCAUACAGUAGCCUUGCACUUUGCUGAUCUGCAUGAUACACCUGGUCGCAUGGAGGAGAAAGGAGUUAUAUCAAAUGUACUGCAGUGGCAGAAGAGUCGAGAGUUCUUCUACUGGCGGCUGCAGCGGCGACUGUUGGAGAUGCAGGCUAAGAAGCUGUUGUCAGAGGGCGGCCAUCGCAUGCAAUCACGUGCCCACUUUGACUCCAUGCUGAGUCGAUGGUUUUCCGAAGACCAAGGAGCUGUCAACGGCUACUUGUGGGAAAAUGACCAAAAGGUUGUGAACUGGCUGCAGCAACAGCUGCAGGAGCGUGAUGGAACAGAGGGCUGCUCUUUGCUAAAGGACAAUGUGCGGUGCUUGCAGCGGGACCAUGUGCUUGCCCACGUCAAGGAUGUCCUGGAGAAGAACCCAGAAGUUUCAAUGGAUGUUGUGGUUCAUAUGACACAACUUAUGACACCUGCACAGAGAGCAGAAGUGGUUCGAAUCCUCUCCACUCUAGAGACUACUGACCCACCUGAGCCUGUGAACAAAUGAUGCAAUGUGUCUCAUUUAUGGUGCAACAACUGUGAACACAUGACAUGGUUGUGAUGACUGAUAUUAGUGAGGUUGAUUUCCUUGCCAGCGCCAUUAGGAAGAAAGAUAUGUUUGCAACAUGUUGAAAAUGUGUGCAUGCAUGCAUGCGUUAAUGCAUAUGUGUAUCAAGUUCCUGUUUGCUUGAGAUGGAUGAGCAGAAAGAUUAAUGAGUCUGUGCAUACUUAUGAAAGGUAUGUGUGUGUUUGGAGAGAACCACUGCGCACAUUUUUAGAGUCAUACAUGUGUGGGUGUUUUUUGGGUAGAAUUCGAUAAUUUUGUAAGGCAUAUCAAGGAAUUGGUUCCAGCUCUACAGGGGAAGGCUCAUAAUUAUGGAAAUUUCACUUCAUUAACAAAUUCUGUGAACGUACAUUGUCUCUUGGAGGAAAGUGGUAUUGAGAUGUCCUACAGAAAAAUCUGCUUGCAUGUGCAAUUGACUUAAUUAGUUGACGUAAUAAUCUGACAUGACAUGCUGAAUAUCCCUGAAAGUAGACUGCUAUUGUGAAACAAAGCCUAGAUACAAAAUGCUGUCUAAAAGAGACUUGGUACUACUUACUGGAAUGGCUUGAGAAUGUUUACUUUAAUAAGAAUUCAGGGAAAGAUUUAUAAAAUUAUGUUAGCAUGUCCAGAAUAUUUCUUGCAUUUUUUUUUUAAAGUAUUAUUGCAGUGCAUAAUUUAUUUCUAGCUUUUCAGAGCAUUCCAUUUAUGGCAUUUAAAGGCUGUACUUUUUACCUUUCUGUAGGAGAGAAUGGUUGUCGCAUAACCUCUUGGUAUGCUUGGCUAAACUGCUUACAUCUGGCCCAACAAGUACCCUCACCUUCCUUCCCCCAAACUCAAAUCGAAGUUCAGCCUUUAAGUUGCAAAUAUUUCCAGCUUCAGCGGUGGUAGCUGUGAUUAUUGUUGAGAUACUUCAAAAGCUUAUGUUUACAGAUUCGAUUUUCAGUUCAAAGACCAUAGCACAAAACUUCUGAUCUGAUCUCAAGCCAGGCUUUCCCUACCUCUCACAUUUACACCCCUAAAACAACAAUUACUCCCCAAAGAGAAAAGAUGCAUGUAGAUAAUAAGUCUUGUUGAGUUCAAGAUCAACCAUGUAGUCUCUGUAGGAACUUGAUUAAUAGAGGUAGGUGGAUGAUGAUGGCAUUUGUCAAGAAUCUAAAAUUAAAUCAUUAGAUAAGCUGUGUCCUAGGCAUUUCCAUAUGUAACACGGCUUUUAAGGCAGCGGGUCAUAUGACCAUGGAACAGUGUUAGUAUGAACCCUGUCAAAGUACAUUCCUACCCUAAAGUAUGUCUCACUACGUCUGACUGAGUGUGCCUGCCACCUUUCCCCCAUCUCCUCUUCUUCACACUUGACUUUUGUAUGGUUUUUAUAUGCUGUUACAAAAUGUAUGCUCUGGUCUUCAAAUGAAAACAUACCAUUUAAAAAUGUGCCAAACUAGAAUAUUUUAUCUGUGGCUUUGCUAUCUCUACACUUGGAAAUAGAGAGACUGAAAUUUUGACUGGUUGAUAACCAGCUUAUAAGGAUUUAUAGGUCGUGGCAUACUAUUAGGGUUAGAAGUCAAAAGUGGAUAAACAUGGUUGCUUUAAAAAAAUACACAUUUGAUCAGAAAUUUUGCUGACAGACAGGCACUGAUAGUUUUGUAUAUCAACUCAACUUAUAAAGCCAGUGAUGUGCAUGCACAGUAAAUACUAUGGUGUAAAUAAAUGGGAGUCUACCAUAAACUGAGCAACGUGGUUGAAACUUACUCUCCAUUUCAUAGUUUGCAGUGCUUUCAUUUACAGCUAGAGCCAUUUCAACACUGGUUAGAUGCUUUCUUUGGUAGCAAUCGAAAUGUUUGAUUUGUCAUAGGCAGCAGAGCAAAUCCAAUUUUACAAUGCAACAUUAGCAGUCCUUGUCAUGCAUUUGUAAAUGUUUGUUUAGUUUGUCUAAAUCUUUACUCACUGAAUUUGGUGCUGUGAAGUUGGACUUGUGAAGCAUGUAGGGCUAUUCAAAUACUCAAAGGUUUCUGUUUCUAAUUUAGAUUAAUGAACAGUUGCAUAAUAAAUAUUUUGCUAUAGUGGUGAGUCUUUAGACAUUUGAA